AUGUCACCCUUGAAUGAACUUACUACUCCGACUACAGCAGGGCCUAAAAUGGACGCACAAGUUGCAGGUGAUGGAGUGGAAGCCUUCCCAGGCAUGCAUACAGAACGGGCUGAAAUGGAAGCAACAGUCUAUGGUGGAGUGGAAGGGGCUGAAAGGGAAGCGGAAGUCCCUGCUGAUGGAGUGGAAGCUUUUCUAGCCAUGCAUAUACAAGGGGCUAAAAGGGAAGCCGAAGUCCCUGCUGAUAUUGUGGAAGGCUUCCCAGGCAUGGAAGUCGAAGCCGCUGAAAUUGACACUUCAGUUUGUAACAAACAAGUGCACCAACAACCUCACAAGGUUCCUACUUCGGAAGAUGUGAAGGUUCCUAGUCUUGAAGAACCCCUCAUUCCUAGUCCGGAAGAUAGGGAAGGGUACAGAGUUAUUUGUAAAACAAUGUUAAAUUUGUUAGAGGAUUGGAAUAAGAAAGAAAUUAAGGGGGUGGGACGGAAGGCGAGGCCUCCCAUGGAAACUAGUAUAAAUCUGGUUGGUGAUGAAGUGGACAAGGAGGCUAAUGCCACGGUUCAGAAACCAGAUGCGGAAGGCAAAGGAUGCAGACUGAAGCGGCGCGCGAAAACAUUGUUGAGUCCAUUCACUGAUCCCUCCAGGAAAAAGAGGCCGACUACUGGUUUUCAUGCACAGACACCUGAGGCCCGUUUUGAUCCAACACAACCCGUGGCCAUGGACGAUGUGAAGGCUAUGAUACAAGUUUGCAAGGCUUGGAAAAGUGACAUCAGUGCGGAGCUGGAGCUCGAACCAUUUGUAGUUGGGGCGGAUUUUUUUUACAAACUUGUAGAUGAAACUGCAUGGAUGAGCUCGAGGCACCUUGACAUGGCCAUGUUUCUAAUACGCAAAAGACAACUCUCUCAUCCCCAAGUAUUUGGAACGGAGUGGACAACUGCCGAGUUUUGUCUGCAGCAAUUUUUACAGCCAAUUACACCGCCAAGUGCGAAACGAGUUACGAGGAAACAAAUUGCUUCAAUGACUGUUGACCCUCCCCCUAACUACCUCAGAAAUAUACACCACUUUGUCUGGGGUUCAUGGCAACAUGGUUAUGCACAAGCAUGGACGAAAGUCCGCAAGGUCUAUCUCCCGUAUAAUGUUCGACAGUCCCAUUGGGUGGCUGUAGAAAUUGACUUUGUCAGACAUACUGCCACUGUGUACGACUCGUAUACUGUUUUUACCUCCAACACAAUGCUUGUCCGACAGAUGGAGCCUAUUACCCAGACGCUUGCAAAGGUGUUGUAUGACAUGAGGUUUUAUGAGAAAUCGGAGGUUGAAGCGGUGAAGAAAAAGGGGAUUGACAUGCCAACGUUUAACCCAUUCACAAUUUGCAGAAUUUCCGAUGUUCCUCAGCAAAGUGAUGGUAUGUGCACUUCUAACUUCUGUACUGCUCGGGUGGACAGUACCUCAUGUGGCAUUAUGACCGUCAAAUUUAUUGAGUAUCUCAGUGCUGGCAUUCCUUUUAAUACCAUUGACCCAGCCAAGUUUGGCUACUACCGAUUGAAGCUUGCAAUCGAGGCUCUCAGGGGAGAGGCCUAUGUAUGA